AUGGGGACCCCAGAAACACCCACAGGACACAGAGGAGGUAACACGUCAGGCCACGGGUGGACUACGGGGCACUCAGAAACACCCACAGGACAUGGAAGAAAGAUCACAUGCACCCAUUACAAGAACUCAGGAGCUUCAUCAGAAUCUACUAGACAUCAAGAAAAGACCACAUUGGCCACUGAGACCAUAAAAUUCCCAAUUAAACACACAGAAAAUUCAACAAAAGUCACAGCAGCCACAGAGAGUAUAAAACCUCCAGUGAAGGUCACAGGAGACACAUCUAUCAGUACUACCUCUCCUUGUCCAAAUAAAACUGAGGUUUCCCGUCAUGUGUCAGUUGGUUCUUUUACAGCCACCAGGUCGACCAUGUCGGAAGCCCCUGACAAGAGCCAUCCACACCAGAACAAAGAUGGCUCACAAGGAGAUGUCCACGCUGGAGAGAUGGGGGAGAAUGAUUCCUUCCCUGCAUGGGCCAUAGUUAUCGUGGUCCUGUUGAUUGUGAUUCUCCUCCUGGUGUUCCUUGGCCUGAUCUUCUUGGUCUUCUAUUUGGCACGAACACGCCGUGCACUGAUCCGGAACACUGAGGACCAUGACCCAGAGGAUGAUGGGGGCCCCAUUUCCUACCCAGUCCACCUGAUGGAGCAACAGACUCUCGGCAUGGCCCAGAUCUCUUCCCCACAAUGA